AUGGAGAUCCAGGACGGAGCAGAGCUCUGUUUUCCUCAACUCCUCAACACCUCCUGCAGGAAGAAAACACCUCACCAGUUUGAAGAUGUACUUCUGAACAUUGUGAUGUCGUCCAUAUCUGUGCUCAUUGUGGUUCUCAACCUGCUCAUCAUCAUCUCAGUCUCCCACUUCAGGCAACUCCACACACCCACUAACAUCCUCCUGCUCUCUCUAGCUGUCUCUGACUUUCUUGUCGGCAUCGUGUUGCUGCUGGGAGAAACUUACCGACAAACACAGUGCUGGUUUGCUGGGGACUUGCUUUGUUCUCUUUAUUUUUUUGUGGUCUAUUUUGUUUUCAGUACUUCAGUUGGAGACAUGGUGCUGAUAUCAAUCGACCGGUAUGUUGCUAUUUGUCAUCCUCUGCAUUAUCCCACCAGAGUCACUGUGACAAAAGCCAGACUCUGUGUUUGUAUGUGUUGGUUCUGUUCUGUUCUAUACAGUAGUGUUGUUUUUAAGGAUGCCCUGAAUCAACCAGGCAUCAAUAAUUCCUGCGAUGGAGAAUGUAUAGUUGUUAUCAGCUAUAUUGCAGAUGUUGUUGAUCUAGCUAUAAACUUUAUUGUCCCAGUUACAGCCAUUAUACUUCUAUAUAUGAGAGUGUUUGUGGUGGCUGUGUCUCAGGCUCAUGCCAUGCGCUCUCACACUGCAGCUGUCACACAUCAGCAUUCAGUGACACUAAGUACAAGGAAAUCUGAGUUGAAAGCAGCCAGGACUCUGGGUGUUCUUGUACUUGUGUUUCUUAUAUGUUUCUGUCCAUUUUACUGUGUCUCCAUUGCAGGGAUAAGUCCUUAUACUGCAAAUCUUGUUUUUUUAAUGUUUUAUUUGAACUCCUGUCUGAACCCUCUGAUCUAUGCCUUGUUUUAUCCCUGGUUUAGAAAGGCUGUGAAACAUAUAGUGACUCUGCAGAUACUGCAGCCUGGUUCCUGUAACGUCAGCAUGUUGAAGUAAACUGUGGAGGGAUUGAAAAAAACAGCUGCUAUACAAAGUUUAUUAAUCAGUGAAUACAGUGGUCUGGAAAGUGUAAAACUGCAGUGUCUAUGGAAUUAGGUAUUUACAGAAAAUUUACAACAAUUCCAAAACCAAAGUUUCAUUUUAACUUUAAUACACUGAAGUAAGGUUGGGUUUAAAGGUCAUCAGAUAUCAAUCAUUGCAUGUCUACUGAACUCAGAGCCCUGCCAGUCUGAACUGUACCUCUCAUAUGAAAAUACAGUGUAUUUCAGUAUGAAUGUGCCACUGAAAAAUCCAUAAAACCUAUGAGCUAUAAUGUUGUCAACAUAUACUGCCUUUAAUUAGAACAGUUGUCAUGAAAAUGUUCUAUUAAA